AGAAAUAUAAAGCCGCACGUCAAACAAGAGGAAAGUGCCUGUCUUGGAAUACACUGACGUUUGGAGGCUGUUCUUGAAGAGUUUUUGCGUGUUUACCAUCAAAAUGGAAUAUGGUUAAAUUCUUUUGUGCUAUAACUGGAAUUAUGAAGUUAUGGAUAGUCAGAAUUCGAAAACGUUACGUAUUUUGAAAAGGAUGUUAUAAAAUUUGGUGUCGUUUUAUUAGAUACAGCCGUGAAGAUGCACGGUUAUCGAUACAUAAUUCAUCUAUCAAUAUUUGGACUGAUAUUCAUAGAAAUUACUCGCGGGGAGCAUUACACGGAUAAAUGGGCGGUGCACAUCGAGGGGGGAGUUAAAGAGGCACGGGCUCUGGCCGACAAACACAACUUCGUAUAUUUGGGACAGAUUAUGCCGGAUUAUUAUCAUUUUCAACAUAGAAAAGUAGCCAAAAGGUCACUUUAUUCCAGCUCAUAUUUUCACCGAACUCUUGCGUCAGAACCAAAUGUACGAUGGUUAGAACAACAAGUUGCUAAAAAAAGGAAAAGAAGAAGUAUAUAUUAUCCCCAUCAACCAUUUAACGAUCCAAAAUGGCCUCGAAUGUGGUAUUUACAUCGAGGAGAAGGCCUAGAUAUGAAUGUACAGAGUGCCUGGGAUCAGGGAGUGACAGGCAAGGGCGUUGUCGUGACAAUAUUAGAUGAUGGAAUAGAGAAAGAUCAUCCAGAUUUAAUACGAAAUUAUGACGAACGAGCUAGUUAUGAUGUAAACAGUCAUGAUGCUGAUCCACAGCCGAGAUAUGAUUAUACUAAUGAGAACAGGCACGGAACUCGAUGUGCUGGUGAGGUGGCUGCUCAUGCAAACAAUAACAUCUGUAGUGUGGGAGUAGCGUAUGAAGCCAGCAUUGGUGGUGUCCGGAUGCUGGAUGGAGAUGUUACAGAUUCAGUAGAGGCCCAAUCAUUGAGUCUGAACCCAGAACACAUCCAUGUGUACAGUGCUAGUUGGGGCCCUGAUGAUGAUGGGCGCACAGUUGAUGGGCCUGCUACUCUCGCUAGAAAAGCCUUCCAUGACGGCAUUAACUUGGGUCGUGGUGGACUGGGCUCCAUUUUUGUGUGGGCAUCGGGCAACGGAGGGCGAGACUUUGAUAGUUGUAACUGUGAUGGGUAUACCAACAGUAUCUAUACUAUCUCCAUCAGCAGCGCUACAGAAAACGGCAACAUUCCAUGGUAUUCCGAGGCAUGCUCAUCUACACUAGCCACUACCUAUAGCAGUGGUUCUGGGGGAGAAAAACAAAUAGUAACUACCGACUUAAGAAAGACCUGUACAGAGUCCCAUACAGGCACCUCAGCUAGUGCCCCUCUCGCUGCUGGAAUAUGUGCCUUGGCUUUACAGGCAAACCCGUCUUUAACUUGGAGGGAUUUACAGCAUAUUGUUGUAAUGACCGCCAAAAGGGGGAAUCUAAGGGCAGAUGAUUGGACAUAUAAUGGAGUCAACAGAAGUGUGAGUCAUUCCUUCGGUUUUGGUUUGAUGGAUGCUGGUGCGAUGGUGAGACUUGCCAAAAACUGGACCACAGUGCCCACACAAAAUAUAUGUGAAAUCCGUUUGCAGGAACGAAAUCGUCCGGUUCCAGCAAACACUAAAAUAAGUGUGCCCCUACACACCGAUGGUUGUAUUCGUACUUUAAACCAGGUGAAAUAUUUGGAGCAUGUCCAGGCCAGGAUCACCCUGUGUGCUAUGAGGAGAGGCGAGAUCUCAAUUUACCUUAGGUCUCCAAUGGGUACACGUUCAACCCUCUUGGCCCGUCGACAAAGGGAUCUUUCUCGUGAUGGGUUUAACAACUGGGCAUUCAUGACUACUCACAACUGGGGUGAAUACGCCAAGGGCACCUGGACUUUGGAAAUUGAAAAUGGCGGCAGUGCCAUGAUUGCGGCUAAGUUAGAGGACUGGGUCCUGGUCUUGUAUGGCACAGAAAUGGAUCCACUGCGCACAACCAUCACCACCUCAACCACCACAAAGAUUCCUCCCUUGAAAAAUAAUUCCCGACCCCGCAAAACCGAAUUAAAACAGUGGACACUAGUUGUCAUGGGAACUGACACCCAUCCUCAAAGCCGCAACAUCACUGCACAGCCAGUUAAGCCGAAAAAAGAGCCAAUCAAGUGUGCUGGCAUCACUUCUCACGGCAUAUGUAUAGAAUGCCGUCCUGGAUUUUACAAGUAUGGUGAUGGCUGUGUAGCCAGCUGUCCUGAGUUUUACUACGGUACCAUGGAGACAGUACUGAUAGAUAGUAGCCACACUUCGCCUGAUUGGUCUCCUCGGUACCAGAGACAUGGCAUCUGCCAUGCCUGCAAUGAAGCAUGUCGGACUUGUAAAGGGCCAUACGUUGAAGACUGUUUUCAAUGUAGUGAGGGACACGAGAUCAGAGAGGGGUACUGCCGUAAAAAGCUGAUCAUGAACUUCUUAGACCCAGAUAUGUUGAGUUUCUUUGUCUGGGUGAUAAUUCUAUGCACGUCUGCCAUCUUGCUAUUUGGAGUGGUCUUCAUUGUUCUACAAGCUCGAGACCACAACAUCCUCUGCUGGCGUGGGGAAAAGGAGAGACAGUCAGAGGGGUCAAAAGGCAAAUACCGUGACGUGCCAACUCGUCCUGCGGAGGACAGGGAAAGUGAAAUAGAUCAUUACCACACUGUGUUACAAAACAUUCACACACUUAACUCCUACAAUAACUCCAAGUACAGCCUAAACCACAGUUACCCACCUUCGAGACAUUGACAACAACUCCAGCCCCUGGCUACACUUCUUUGCCCUCAGCAGCGACAAGAACAGCCUGGCCCCCUUUGUGUUUGCCCGGCAGGACUGACAUGGCUCAAACCAUCUGAGAUACGUGCUGAGGGUGAAAUCUGUAGCACACAGGGUGCAUCAAUCAUUACACAAUUAUGAGAGUUGUUAUGUGAUGUUAUAUAUACUGAUUAUAUAUAUAUAUGAUUUGUUGAUGGGUCUCCUACAUUGAAUGUCUGUACGAGCAUGCCUGUCUUACUAUAGAGAGCCUGUGCUGCGUGUCUGGGUAUAGUAGUAGCAGACCAGAUACGUUGUGUUUUCAUUAUCAAUACUCUGUUUAUAUAUAUAGAAUCUAGGUAUUGUGUAUAGCUGAACUAUAGAUCAGGUGUAUGGCAGAACUAUUAUCUAAGUCAUAUACCUGUGUAUGUAUGACUAAGCUACAGUCUUUGUAGUCUGUAUGACUGUGAACCAUCGUCUAGCUUGUGUGUAUGACUAUCUUUAUCGAGGUCAAGUAUGUGAUUUAUGAUAUAGGUCAAUUUAAGGCUUGAUUGUAUGAUCUCGGUCAGGUUAUGUUUUGACUGUUAUUUAGGUCAAUUUUAUGGCUUAACCAUAUGAUCUAGUUCAGGUGUAUGUUUGGACUGUGAAAUAGGUUAGUUGUAUGGCUGGACUAUAAUCUAGGUCAGGUGUAUGGCUGGACUGUUAUAUAGGUCAAGUUUAUAGCUUGGCCAUACUUUAGGUCAGGUGUAUGGCUGGACUGUUAUAUAGGUCAAGUUUAUAGCUUGGCCAUACUUUAGGUCAGGUGUAUGGCUGGACUGUUAUAUAGGUCAAGUUCAUGGCUUGACCAUACUUUAGGUCAGGUGUAUGGCUGGACUGUUAUACAGGUCAAGUUCAUGGCUUGACCAUACUUUAGGUCAGGUGUAUGGCUGGACUGUUAUAUAGGUCAAGUUUAUAGCUUGACCAUACUUUAGGUCAGGUGUAUGGCUGGACUGUUAUAUAGGUCAGUAGGUCAAGAUCUUGCUGCACUAUGAUCUAGGUCAAGUUUAUGAAUUUAUUUUCUUGACCACACAAUAAAUGACUGAGUGUGGAAAUUUAUCAGUUUAUCUAGACAAUAUACAAUUUUAGGGAUACAUUAAUAGAGAAAUGAAACUAAAAAGUUACAAGUUGACUAUAUAAGUAAAGUCUAUGCAUUUAUUUAAAUUGACUUGUUUUUCGGAAAAUCAAGACAUCAAUAUUGUUUUCUCAUCAUUAACAUGUGUUUUCAUUAAAGCAAAUAGUGUCAAUGGCCAUCAAUCAAAAGCUUACAAAAAAAGAUUUGAGGAUUGACAAGUUUUUGGGACCAGAAGGUAUUAUUGGAAUGCUUGAAGAAAUUUUUUGGUGAUUAAUUAAUUCAACAAUUCUGUUAGGCAAUUUAGUGUGAUCGAAUAGCGACAGUGACUGAGGAAGUCUUUAGUUACAUGUUGUUUUAGUAUGUUGUGAGAAACAUUACAGUAUGUGUUAUGGUAUAUAGACACAAGUCAUUAUAGAAUUCCAUAAAUUAUUUUUUGUUUUCAAUACACUGGAUGUUUGUAUAUUCUUUAUCUUGAUAGGUCAGACUUUGAUAAACUGUUUCAGUUUGGAAUAAAAUGUACCUAACUUUGUAUGUGUGUGUUUAUUUAAAAGUUUUUAUGUUUGUUAGUGAGCAUUCGAGAGUACCACUAUCAAUUAUGCGACACCAAAUCAAAAAAAAAACAUCUUGAGAUUAAAAUUCUCACUUUUGUAUGUUUAGAAAUGAAUAAUUAUGUAGCAAUAAUGAAAUACUUACAGUGUCAGGGAUUUGCUAUCAAGAAAGAAAGUGUUGAAAAUUCAAGACCGAUAUUUUUGAUUUAGCUUAAGGGUGCAUUACUUCAUUUUGUAUUGGCUUUCAUAAUGGUCAACUUAAUAUAUGCACCAUCAAUUUUAGCCAUUUGUACGAACAUAUGAAUGGAUAAUUUUAAUCCCAAAACACAACCAUUUUGGUUUGGAGUUAUUGGUCAUUCAGAAAAGGUUUCAUCUUAAUUUUUCUUGUUUUAACUAUUGUAUUGUUUUAUUACCUAAACUAAAGUCCCAAACAUUUUGUUGUCAUUUUCACAGAUUUUCAAAGUUAUUUAUUUACGGAGUAUUUUUGUUAAUUUUUCAUGUGAGUACUGGUUUGAGUAGAGUUUUGAUGAUAUACAACCAUAUUUUGCAUAUGUUAUACAGAUGUAAAUAGUUCUUAUUAAUAAUGACAUUGUAUUAUUUUGUCUCCACAAAUGACUUAAAUGUGUAUGUUGGAUAUGUUUUUCUCUUUCCUCUAUUUGAUAUGGAGGCAAUCCUGUUUUAAAACCUUCCCCCCCCCCCCCCCCAAAAAAAAAAUAUAUAUUGCCUUAAGAACAGGUUUUUUUUAUUGUUUUUAAAUGAUCAAUUUCUCAUUUUGUCUUUUAGUCAGUAUAUUGAUGUAUCAAUUCAAUAAUUUAAUCUCAAGUUCAGGUUGAUAAUUUGAAGAAUACUUUGAAGUUGAUCAUGCCAUUUUAAUUGACUGUUCUAUUUACAGUAUGUUGCAGUUUUUUUAAGAAAAAUGUUGGGGGGGUUUCCCCGAGACAAAUUAGUGGUUUGAAAUCGAAAAAUGAUUUACAAGUAUUUAUUUUACGAAUUUUACUUUUAUUUUGUCAAAUUAAAAUUGGCCUCACAAAUAUCUCUUAAACAAGACUAGUUUUACGGAAGUAUAUGGACAGGUGUUGCAUGUGGUCACUGUGAAGAAAAGACCUUUACUGGUCAGCUUUUUAAGGGAACGGUCAGUAAUAUUAAUGUAUAGUAUACACUGAUCGAUGUACAUUGGUGACCAGCAUUUGGUAGUCUGCUCUUAUCUCAUUGGGACUGCUCAAACAUUACUUAUUUCAUGUACAAAACUUCACGGGAACAAUUUGUGAAAUAUAUUUGCUGUGUGUGUUGUAUGGUACGAUUGUGAACAUUUAAAGAAAAGCAUUGUACAUGUAUAUUGGAUAAUUGUUCCGAGACCUUAAUAUCCAAGGUCUGCUCCGUAUAGAGUUGUGUGACGUCCAUUUGUACUGUUAUUGUUUUGGAUUGGGUGAUCCAUCAUUGGUGCUCUUGAUUCCCCACCAACAAUGUAUAUCAGAUUCUUCCACUGUUAGUCGUAUGAGCUGCCAACAUGUGUAUUUGUACGUUACUGUGUAGAUUUGACCACAAGAAUACUUGACCUGAAUAUUUCCACCCUGAUCAUAACCGACCAAUAUUAUUGAAGAUCUUAUUUGUACUAGCUUGAUAGUCGUGGGACCAGGCAUUACAACUUAAUUCGUUUGGUGUCCAGGCAAUUCAUAUUUCUUUUUUCUGGAAGAACUAUGUAUGGUAUGAUAGAGAAUCCAUCUCAGCCAAAACAAUCAGUAUUUAUAAAUUCUAUAUUUCUCUGCUCACUAUUUUUUUUUUUAAUUCGGUGAAUGUUAAAUACGUGUGUACUAUACUUUAACAUUUUAUUAGUCUUCUACAGGAACUGAUAAUAGGUGUUUUUUGCACACAGUCUGCAAGUUAGUGUCACCUUGACUAGUGCAUAUCUCCAAAAGUCUCACAAAAAAUACAGAGUUAUUGCCCUUUGACUAAACCUGUCUGCUUGUUCAGAGCAUAUCUCUCUAUUACACACACAAACGUUUUAGCAGUGUAUCGCAUACAAAAGUGGGUCAUAUGUCCUGUGAUAUACGCAGUUUUGGCCUUCAGCGAAUUUUGAAUAUAAAUAGAUAUGUGAGGAACUGUCAAUUGCUUGUAGAUAGGAUUGGGAAAUAAUAUAUUAUAGCAUAGUAUGGUUAAAUGAAUUAUUCGAAAACUUUAUAAGGUCCAUGAAUAUCAUCGUGACAAACAUAUUACUGUGACGUAAAAUGGUGCAGGAUAUUGAAAGGUCAGUAUUGAUUUAUAUGUGACCAGAAGCUUUUGUUUUUAUGUGAAUGAAUACUUUGACGCAAAAUAUCAAGCACUGAAAAAGACGCAUUAUUCUGUGCCAUUUUACAUCACGGUGAUAUGUUGGUCACGAUGAUAGGCAUGGACCCUGUACAGUGUACUACAUUGUUAGAUAAAUGUGAUUCUCUGUCAUACCAUCCAAACUCUUUGUAGUUUCAGUAUGUAACCCAGUACAGGUAGAUACAGCUCUUGUGAAAACUGUUACGUAAUUUUUCUUGUGAAAAAAAUUUUAACAGGAAGUCUACUCUUAGUUUUAAUAAUUGGUGGUUCAGUAAACAAUACUGAUAUUUGCCCCAUUACAUGGGGUUAUUUUCUUCAGCAUUUCAAAAACAAAUUUGAGAAAUGAGUGUAUUAUUGACUGUAAACAGAUGAUUUGUAUUGUGGAUGUUAAGUUGUUGUCCAUACAACAGCAUUGAUAUGAUACGUAUAUAUUGAUAGUAGAUAAUGUGUUAGUUCUAGGCCACCCUCUGCGAAUGUCCUCAGUAGUCGCAGUGGUCACCCUCCAAACUUGUGAACGUAUGUUGUUGUUGUUGUAGAAUUGUGAAAUAUUAUGUUGUUCCUUUUGGUGGUUAGUCGUUGUAGAAAAAGUAAUGAGAUGGACAUCAAGAUGACUUAAAUUAUUGUGUAUGAUGUCAAAAUAAUAUGUUGCCUUUAAAAGUCGUUAUGACGAUCAUGAGCAUGUGAAAAACGAUCAUUCAUCUAUUAACAACUUGCCCAUAUAUGGUCAUGAUCAGUAAGAGAUAUCCUCAUCUGCAUAUUCCACCGGAUUAUAUUUGGACAAAAUAUUGUCGCAUCUUUAAUUAUAUAUCAAUAUAUCCCAUCAAUACGUGAGCUUUAAGUUUUACAUUUAAAUGAUGUAAAUUUCCUUUCUAAUUUAUUUGCCCUUUGUUUUUCAGAGAUGUAUAAGCAUGUCUAAAUCAUAUUAUCUAGAGAAGCUUGUACGAAUGUUCAUCAGCUAACCAUACAUUGUAUACUUGAUAUUUCUGUAUAAACUAUGUAGUGAGAUAUCAUUCUCUGGUACUGUCAAAUAGGAUAUUUAUCACCAUUAUUAUCCAUCGUGUAUAUCUUGUCUGGACCAGCAAAAACAGGAUAGUCUCCUUUUUUUGACAGAUUUUUAUUAUACUGUAAGAUUUCAAUAAGAAACUUUUUGUCAUUCAGAUUUUGUAUUCUUCUAAAUCUUGUUCAUAUUUUUAUUACUGCUAUCUAGCAGUAAAAAAAAUGAAUUUUCAAAUUAAAAAAAAAACAAUUAAAUCACACUUCAGCAUUAAAUAGUCUAGAUGGCUUGGUGCAUCAAUUCAUAGCAGAUAGUUACAGACUAGGCUAUUAAUUAAAUUAUUGUGUAAAACAACAAUUCAAUGAAAAGAAACAAACAUGAUGAAUAGGUGAUUACAGAAUUCAGCAUCAUAACAUCAAAAAAAAUUGUAUUUCUUUUUUGCAUUUUUACUUUAAAAUGUGUAGAUAUCUUGUGUUAACUCAGGGUUACUCUAUAUUGCAGAUAUAUGUAGGAGCAGGACAUAUUGUCCGUGUUCUUAUAACUCUAAAUGCCACAUCUUCGUAGAAUAUUGUAGCUAUUUUAACCUUCUAUUAUAGUCAGACAAAUAUUUUACUAACACCUGCUGAAUUCAUUUAUCUUUCCUUACACUUAAGAAAAAUGUAGUUUAUUGUAUUUUAUGAGAUUAUUUUAAAGAUAAAACAUUAUCAGUAUUGUAUUAUUGUUUAGUUCUCAUUUUCCCAACAGGAACUUCUGUAUGUAAAACCAAAUUGAAAAUAUUUUAUUUUUGUUUAUAACUGCUUUUUAGAUGUAAUUACAUAUCUUUGACUGAAAUUCAAGAUAUCUUAAUAAUUAUAUAUGAAAUAUAUUUCGCACAAUUGUUAUUUGUAAAGUUAUUUAAAACAUAGCCUGCUUUUGAUAAUGAUUAGAUAACCUUAGGGCCAAAUCCUCUAGUCAUUAUGGUACAUGAUAAAGCAUUGGCCUUUGACAAUCAGUAACUGCCUCUGCGACCUCUUAUAUUGUUUAUAUACCGUAUAUGUAGAUACUGGGUUAUCUGCCCUUUAAUUCCAUAUUUGUGUUGGGUAAUCUCAAUAUGGACCAUUAUAUACAUGUUACACCUAUUAGUUUGAAACUUUCACCAUUACAAGGUACUUGAUAUCAAAAAGAGAACCGGCUAUUCUUUUGAAUUAACUUAAGAUUUCUUUAGUGAAAUGACUGUCUAGAGAUGAUGGGUCGUGUUCCUAAACUUAUUUCAUAUCUGUUAUUGUAAAUUUAUUGAUUGAUAAUUCUAAAAAUCAUUAUUUUAAGAUAGUUUGGUAGACUCCUGAAAUAUUUUUUUUGUGUUAUCAUAUCCUAUGACUACUUUUCAUUUUAGUUUUUUUUUUUUUUUUUGUAGAAGCCAUUAGCAUUUGUCCAGUGAGCAAUUUGCUUUGUGAUUUCUUUAUGUAAAAGUUUUGGAUUUUGCGGACUAUUAUUAAAGAUGUAAUAUGCCAUUUCUAUGAUGAGAAUUUAUGUUGUGAGAAGUUGUAAUAUUUAAGUUGUAUAUAUGUUAUGCAAUAUUCAAUUAAACAUUUAACAUAACAUUACCAUAUGAUACUAAAUCUACUUAUAGAUCUGGAAAAAAAACUCUUAAAAUCUGUCACAACCAUAUAUAAAUAUUAAAUAUUUACGAUAAUUUUAUACUGAAAACUCUUAAUUUUCAAACUAUUUCUUGAUAUUUCACCAAAUUCAAUAGAAUAUUUAGUUUUGAACUUUUGUGGAGUAAAAUAAUGUUUUCUGUAGAUACAAUACAGAUCAAAUUCUCCAGAGAAAUAUUUUGGUAGCGCACAUGACCCAAUUUUAAAAAGUAAUAAUAUUUGAAUCCUUAAUAAGCUGGUCAAACCUGUUUUCUCCCUGCUGUUCACACGUCAUUUAAUUUCUCUAGCUGUACCCACAACCACCAUUAUGCUUGCUGUGUCAUGUACAACAACCCUGUAAGAUACAUUUAGCUUCUUAGCAGCCUACAGUGAAUAUUUGAUGACCACCACCAAACCUCUGGUCAUACUCUUUAUCACUUAGUAAAUCAACAUUGCUGGAAGGUUUUACUCCACUGACUAGAUAGACCACAGAGGUCACAAGUCUGCGAGACACAUGAUGUUCUUGUAUCUAAUACUUCUAGGGCUCUAGCACAAUUCUGCGUGCAUGAGAGUAUCUAGAGCCAAAUUUGUACGGUAAUAUUGUGCAAUUCUUCAAAUUCUGAAUUGCCUCUACAUUAUAUGCAAAACAAUGACUGACCAAGGGUACUCUAUUGAACACUUGGCUCAGACUAUUGGCCGCUGGGGAGUCUACUGACGGAGGUUUUGUUGACCGUUGGGGUGUUUGCUGACAGUGCUAUGUCGUAGAACAGCAGCAGCAUUUGUUACUAGUGGUAUUUCACCAGUAUAUAUUGACUGCUGAAAAUCAUCAACAACUUUGUCCUCAUUUACAUGUAAAUGAUUUGUAAAUUAUUCUUCCUUGUGUAGCACUAAGAAAUCAUGAUGUAUACAAAUAAAUUCUUACAAUGAUAAA